AUGCGUCGCGCAAAGAGACCAAAGCGCAACACGGGUCCCUGGUCCUCGCAGCGCAUCUUGAACUCUUCAUCACCAAUCACCACCACAGACAUUCACGGAUUCCUCGUGGCGGCUAUUUCGAACUGGACAGCCGAACCCGACAGUUACACUGAGGUGGAAAAGCGCUCCAUCAUCGACACGCUCCCGCCCCGAUAUCGGAAGUACGAACUCGACGCCGAGGGUCGCUUGAAAUGCCCGCUCUCGGUGGAAUUUGUGCUCGACGACCCUUACGUCAAGGCCGCCGUGAACAAAUUCAAGCGGGACGUGAGUGAGGGAUACUACGAAAAGAGCUGGCAGAGCCAAGCCAGGAAAGCCAUGCAGGAGAGACGAGAUGGCAAAUUUGACUCGUAUUUGCAGCAGCACACGGAGGAGACGUUUGGAGACUCGGGGUUGAAUAGCCAAGAUGAAACCGCUGACGACCAUGUCGAAGCCGCAGCGGACUCGAGCGAUGGGGACUGGGUGGGUGGGCCAGAUGGGCCAAGUGGACGUGGAAGAGGCUCUAAGAAAGGCAGGAAUUCACCACAGCCUCGACCGCUACAACAAAGACAAAAAGUCCCGGCUGGAGGCGUGGCGAGUUGA